CUAAGAGCGGUAGAAACAGAAAGAAGUCGAUUGAAUUACUCUUUGAAAUGCUAAUGACAAUAAAGACUAAUUCAUGCAGCUAGCUAUAGCGUCUAGGUGUUGUACCCGGUUGCAGCGAACAAGCUAAUGGCAAGUUAGUGGCAAAGUUAAAUUAAAAUAUUCCGACUGGAUUUAUGGACCACCCGCUUCUGACUAGAAAGGUCGCGCGGUCUAUUGACCGCUCGUUGUUGGCUAACACCUGCCUCUCGUUCGAACUUGACCCAUUGCUCCGCACUGUAGCUAGCUAACAGCGGUAGUUGGCCUCUAGUAGCAUAGAUGAGUAUCUAGGUUAUUUGCUACAUUGGUUCUAAAUGUGUUUUUCGUUUUAUAAAUCCGAUUUUGUUUAUAAUUAACUUUUGCUUUGACUGCUGGUUAACGUAAUUAACAGUAGCUAGCCUAGUGGCAGGGAUGGGACAGCGUAACGUUCCUCUGGUUUGACAAGCUAGCUAAUGCGCGUGACAUUCUAUAUAGCACAGGCAAACACCAAGUGAUCAAUAAUAUUGUAUUGCCAUAUCAUUGAGAAAAAUGAGCAGCAGCACAUAUGCCAGUCGCAAGAGGAAAAAGCCACAGAAAAGUGUGAAGCCUCCUCCAGAUGGAGCCAAAUCAAACCCUUCCAAGAGGCACCGUGAACGCCUCAAUGGAGAGUUGGACAGGCUGGCCAGUCUUCUUCCUUACCCUCAGGAUGUAAUUUCCAAGCUGGACAAAUUGACCGUCCUUCGGCUCUGUGUCAGUUACCUGCGCGCCAAGAGCUUUUUCAGUGAGACUCUAAAAUCCACCCCCUGCCAUUGCUCAGAGACUAAUGUUCUGAAGAAGCAUGGCACUGAUCUGCCCGUUCCAGAGGGAGAGCUGAUUCUUCAGGUACUGAAUGGUUUUGUUCUGGUCGUUACGGCUGGCGGCACAAUCUUCUAUGCGUCUCCCACCAUACAGGAGUACCUUGGCUUUCAACAGUCGGAUGUCAUCCAUCAGAGUGUAAAUGACUUCAUCCAUACGGAGGACCGAGCAGAGUUCCAGAGACAGCUCCACUGGGCCCUUAACCCCUCCGUCACACCUGACACUGGACUGCUAAUCACAGCCCCAGAAGGUUCAGCCUCUACACCGUUUGUUACAGUCUAUGACCCCCAGACGCUACCGCCAGAGAACUCCGCCUUCCUGGAGCGCAACUUUGUCUGCAGAUUACGAUGUCUCCAUGACUCCUCCUCUGGCUUCCUAGCGCUGAACUUCCAGGGGCGUUUGAAGUUUCUCCAUGGCCAGAACCAGAGGACCAAGGAGGGCAAAGCCAUCCCACCCCAGCUGGCCCUGUUUUCCCUGGCCUCACCCCUGCAGCCCCCCACCAUCCUAGAGAUCCGCACCAAGAACUUCAUCUUCAGGACCAAGCACAAGCUAGACUUCACGCCCACCGCCUGUGACACCAAGGGUAGGAUGGUGCUGGGGUACACCGAGGCGGAGCUGUGCUACCGUGGUUCCGGCUACCAGUUCAUCCAUGCUGCUGACAUGCUGUACUGCGCCGAGAACCACUUGCGGAUGAUGAAGACGGGAGAGAGUGGCAUGACCGUGUUCCGGCUACUGACCAAGCUGAGCGGCUGGGUCUGGGUGCAGGCCAAUGCCAGGCUGGUGUACAAGAAUGGGCAGGCCGAGUGCAUCAUCGCCUCCCAGAGAGUGAUCACGGAUGAGGAGGGAGAGGAGAAUCUAAAGAAGCGAACCCUUGACUUCCCUUUCAAUUUCACCACCGGGGAGGCCCUGCUCUACGACAGCAGCCUGCCCAAGGCCGUGGUAACAGCCGGCCCUGGAGGAGAUAACGACAACAGACAGACGGGCGCCUUGGACCCCAACUCGCUGCUGGGCUCCCUGCUGAAACAGGAUGAGUCCAUCUACAUCUCCCGUCAUACUCAGAAUGAGCUGCUGCUCCAACUCCCACAGGAGGAUGUGCCAGGCCUUCCAGAGGAGGGAUGUGGGGGCAUCUUUUCCAGCAGCUGGCAGGAGGGGGGCCUCCUCUCCCUCUCUGAGAGCCUCCUCUUCAAGCAGGAGUCUUUGGAACCACGUAGUUGUGAGGGAGGUGGCUUCUCAUCGGAGGACAGGGACUGGGAUCUGUCGGGCUUCAUGAGGAACCUGGGUGUCAGUCGGGAGGAUCUGCUUCCGCGCAACGACAUAUUCUUGGACGUGGACCUGGACGCUUGCCGAGAUGGCCUCCUCCCGGACCUGACCGACGAGAUCCUGUCCUACGUACACAAGUUCCUGUGGAACAGGUCGGACUCGGGUCAGACGUUUUUCCCCUCUGGGGGCGCCACGCCAGGAGAUCAGGGCCGUAGUUGCCCAGUCGUGCCAUUACAACAACCAUCUGCAUACCAGCCACUUCAUCCGCACUCCUAUUCCGUUCCUCACCGGCAGCCUCCCACCUCGUCCCCCCAGCUGAGGUCACCCACUCGACCCCUCCCACAGGAAGCAACACCGCAAUGGCCGACGCCUCUAGACGGCCUGCUGUUGCCAUGGCAGCAACAUCAGCUAAAUGCCCAGUGCCCGCCGUUCCCGUGGCAGCAGCGGCAGCAGCGGCAGCAGCAGCUGUGUGACAAACUGAAGGACCUGCAGGUGAAUCAGACCGCGGGUGCUUUACCAGCACCGAGCCAGCCACUCAGCACCAAGCAGCAGAUCCCCCUGUUGUUCCUCCAGCAGCCGGGGUGGUUUCCCACUCCCCCGGGCCAAGCCCACUGUGAGCACCCCUAUCCACGGGAACCCUCCCAAGACCUCCCCUCCAAGGAGCAGCCCAAAGCCGUCUCUGUCGGCCCCUCCCAAGACCCCGCGUUACCCUGUGUGCCCUCCGGGUACCUGGAAGGCCAGGAGGCUGGUGGAGAGCUCACAGCCCAGGAUCUGGAGGAGUUGCUGGGCAACUUAGAGUCUGGUGAUGCCGGAGGCGUGUUCCAGCAGGGGCACAUCAACGACGGCCUGGCCCGGACUCAGGCCACCGGCCCAGGCUUGGCCCAGCACACAUGUCCUCCAGCCGCGUGCAUCGGGGGGGUCAACAGAGCAGAACCGCUGUGCACCACGCAGAACGGGAGCCUGUGGAGCGUGGAGCCGGCUGAUCCUCUGUCCUCCAUGGGGGCGGGCGGUUGUCACGCCGCAGGGCAGCUGUAACAGCAGUCUCCUGUUCCUCCUUCCGCUGAGACCAGGUCCCACCAGACCUCCCACUGAGGGAAUUCAUGUGAGACAGAGUACGUCCUACUUGGAGACUGUGGAGUAGGAUGAACAGAGGCCAGCCAGUCGCCCCCGGUCCCCCCUGGAGAAAGGCUGUGGUGGAAGGCUCCCCGGGUCCCCCCUGGAGAAAGGCUGUGGUGGAAGGCUCCCCUCGUCCCCCAGCCUCUGCCAUGCCCCUGGGCCACACACUAUCUACUAUCAUUGACCUUUGUUGCCCUACUGGGCCUUAUUAAGAGCUGUCCACUAUAUAUGGGAUUGUGUGUUUUGGCACUGAGCUUAAAAGAAGAGGGUCGUGUCCAAAGAGAUGGAGUGUCAGACUGCAGAAAGAAAGAUUGUGAGUGAACCGAGGAAGUGGAGGACAGAAAUGUAAUGGACUAUGGACCAGUAUGCAUUUUAGCUCGCACUCUGAUGCUUUGAAAAGGAGACUGUCAACCAUUCCUGUUUUUCAAGAAAGACACACGUUUGGUUAUUACAGUUUACUCCUCAGCCUAUGUCGGUGGCACAGUCGUGGUUCAGAUGCGAUCCUUAACAACCCAUUGGUCGAUUAGCAUGGAGCAAUGACACAGAACCACACUCUUCCCAGGAUUUUGGGCCUAUAUUCAUAGACCGUCCUAGAGUAGGAGUGCUGAUAUAGGAUCAGUGUCUCCUUUUAGAUCACGUUGCAUGAAACCAUGUAAUCCUACAAGAUUCCUACUCUAAGCUCUUUGAAUACAGGCGUUGGCUUAGUCCCUAUGAAGCAUUUACUGUAUUGAAGCAUUUAUUGUGAAUAUAUAAGCCAUUGGUUGCUUACAAGCAAUCACUUGUUCAUCACUUGCACUUAAAGGUGCAAUUGAAAAAAAAUUAUAAUCAAAAUAAAUAGAUAGCUUAUGGAAACUUCUAUUAGGUGAAUUAAAGCAUCUGUCUUCACAUAUUUUUGUACAAAAUGCAUUUGCAAUCCUAUUUAAACUUCAGAAAUGUGAUUAAUUUCUUUAUUGUUUUUUAUUGUUUUUUGUUGGCAAGUUUUUCCCAGGUGCACAUUAUUCAGGAAACUUUUUUUAUGGCAUUAAAAAACGAUAUCACUGUGAGUAUUAGCAACCAUGUGAAUUGUGGUGUUACGUCAUUAGCAAUAUCAUUCUGUGAGCUUUAUUGGGCAGUCGCUUGCAUUGUGAGCCUGGCAAAGUAUAGACUAGUUUGUAAUCCAAGGCUUAAUCACAUGACUGUGCUCCCUGUGGCUCCCUGCUCUCUAGUGCCUGUUAAUGUUUAGGUUUAGGGAAUAGGAUGCGAUUUGAGACAUAGAGAAGUGGCAGGUCACUGCAUUUGAUCUAAAUACCUAACUUGUGGCAUAAGAAGGUAUUGCACUGUUAGUGGUAGCUGAAGACCAUCUGUUAUAUGUAGCACUUAAAUAAUUGUACUUUUUUUAACUGAGCCAAUGACGUUCAUGUUGCUAUGCAGAAUUGAGUGGGGGAAUGUUGUAACCCUCCUCGUUUGGUGAUCUGUCACGUCUUUUGAAUAAUUAAUUGACAGGGUUUAUUUUAUUUAUUUUGUCAAAAGACAAAUGAAAUGUUGAAUAUGUUAAAAUGCUAAAAAUUAGCAUUUUCUGUGAAUUAAUUUUGCAUCAUUUAUGGACCAAGGAGUAUUACUUAAUAUUAAUAUUUAUUAAUAAAACAUCUUGAC